ACUUGGUGAAAAAUCAUGUCAAUCAUUUAUGAAAAAUAUUUGUAACAUUGUCGGUAUCGAUAUCAAAAAUCGUAGUAUUACAAAUCAUUCUGGAAGAUCAACUUCUAUAACUGCCUUAUUCAGAAAAGGGGUGCCUAUGGUAACAACAAUGGCAUUAACGGGUCACAAAAGUGAAGCCUCUUAUCAGGAAAAUUUGAGUUCUACGGCAUCUGAAUUAUCAAACAAAGUAUUAAACGAUACAGUCAAAAACUGGAAUUCUGUAACAAGACCUUUUCAUACACCAUUAAAAAAUGCUUCUGAAGAAGGAUCGGAUGGAACUGUGGUCAUUAAAAAUUAUUACAUAAACGCUGACAAUGUUACGAUUAAUUAA